GCCUUGAGCAACCUACCCCGCACUAAGCUUCGUUUAUUUUACCCCCCCCCCACCGACCCGUAGCCGUGUCGGAGCAUCUCCUUGUUAGCCCUUGAGCUUGAGCGAGACCAUAUAACUCAAUUCCCUCGGACCUCCAUUUACACAUCUCCUAGACUUGAACUUUCAUCCAUCAAACCAUCCACCGCUUCGCCUAUCACCAUGUCGUUCUCCCAGACUUCGGAACUCCCCGCCUACCAGACUCUGCACGACCAUUACACGUCGACCGGCAAGUCUCUGAUACUCAAGGAACUAUUCUCGUCCGACCCCGAGCGCUUCAACAAGUUCUCUCGGCGCUUCACCAACUCCGCCGAUGGCCUGGACAUCCUGUGGGAUUUCUCGAAGAAUCUGGUGACCGACGAGACGUUGGCCCUGCUGGUCAAGCUGGCCAAAGCCGCGGGCGUCGAGAAGCUUCGGGAUGAUAUGUUCAAGGGAGAGAAGAUUAACUUUACCGAGAAGCGCGCCGUGUACCAUGCUGCGCUCAGGAACACGAGUAACCAGCCCAUGAGCGUGGAUGGUAAGAGCGUCGUUGAGGAUGUCAAUGCCGUGCUCGAUCACAUGAAGGAGUUCUCGGAGCAGGUCCGGUCCGGAGAGUGGAAGGGACACACCGGAAAGAAGAUUGCGAGCAUUGUCAACAUUGGUAUCGGUGGUUCUGACCUCGGUCCUGUCAUGGUUACGGAAGCUCUCAAGCCCUACGGAGACCGCAGUUUAACGCUCCACUUCGUCUCCAACAUCGACGGCACCCACGUCACCGAGGCCCUUCGCGCGUGUGACCCAGAGACCACCCUCUUCUUGAUCGCGUCCAAGACCUUUACCACGGCCGAAACCUGCACCAACGCCAACACCGCAAAGCAAUGGUUCCUGUCCCAGUCUGCCAUCAAUGGGGACCAGUCUGCCAUCGCCAAGCACUUCGUGGCCCUCUCUACCAACAAGGAGGAAGUCGAGAAGUUCGGCAUCGACUCUAAGAACAUGUUCGGCUUCGAGAACUGGGUCGGCGGACGCUACUCCGUCUGGUCCGCCAUCGGCCUGUCGGUGUCUUUGUACAUCGGCUUCGACAACUUCAAGCAGUUCCUUGCUGGUGCUCACGCCAUGGACCAGCACUUCCUCAACACCCCGUUGGAAGACAACAUCCCCGUGGUCGGUGCCUUGUUGAGCGUAUGGUACUCCAACUUCUUCGGUGCGCAGACCCACCUCGUCGCCCCGUUCGACCAGUACCUCCACCGCUUCCCCGCGUACCUCCAGCAGCUCUCUAUGGAAUCCAACGGAAAGGCCAUCACCCGCGCCGGUGAAUACGUCAAGUACACCACGGGCCCCAUCCUCUUUGGAGAGCCUGCCACCAACGCUCAGCACUCGUUCUUCCAGCUGCUGCACCAGGGCACAAAGCUCAUCCCCACUGACUUCAUCCUCGCUGUAAACUCGCACAACCCUACUGAGAACAACACCCACCAGAAGAUGCUCGCCUCCAACUUCUUCGCGCAGUCAGAAGCCCUGAUGGUCGGCAAGUCCAAGGACGAAGUAGCAGCCGAGGGCGCCGACAAGGAGCUGCUGCCGCACAAGAUCUUCCUGGGCAACCGUCCGACCACCUCCAUCCUCGCCACCAAGAUCACUCCCGGUGCGCUUGGAGCUCUUAUUGCUUACUACGAGCACCUUACCUUCACCGAGGGCGCCAUCUGGAACAUCAACUCGUUCGACCAGUGGGGUGUUGAGUUGGGCAAAGUCCUUGCCAAGAACAUCGGUACGGAGUUGGAUAGCGAGGGCUCCGUGUCUGGACACGAUGCUAGCACGAAUGGACUCAUCAAUGAGUUCAAGAAGGCCAGUCUGUAGAUGGUGUAUGGGUGAUACGCAAAGGGUCUCUUUUCUUUUUUGACCGUGUGGCAUCGGAGUUUUUGAUUCAUUUUACUCUAUUCUUUUCUUUUUGGUCGAAGCACUUGUCUUGUGAGCAAGAGGGUGGAAGUCAUACUCUUUUGGAGAGCAGAUUGCGUUCGAUUCGCUUAUGAUGGGGCCGUUGAAAUAAAGACG